GAUUACAAAGUAAUAGAGAGUAAUAUUUGUUUUCUUUUUCUUUCUGUUAGAAUCUCAACAUGUGUAUUUUAUUUGUAGUGUUCUUGUAGUGGCUGAUCAACUUCUCAUAACUCGAUUGAAAGAGAUUUGUGAAGUAGCCUUAACUGAAAAACUUACCCUUAAGAAUGCUGCUAUGCUGUUGGAAUUUGCAGCAAUGUAUAGUGCUGAACAGCUGAAACUGUCUUGUUUACAGUUUAUAGGACUGAAUAUGGCAGCUUUACUUGAAGCGAGGUCUCUUGAUGUUUUAAGUGAUGAUGUUUUGAAGGAUCUUUCUGUAUUUUACCGAAAAAUGAUUCCAGCAAUGGAUAGAAGAGUCAUUACACCAUAUCAAGAAGGACCAGAUAUCAGCCAUUUGGAAGUAGAGGAUGGAGAUGUCUUUUGA